GCUGGGCCAGGAGGAGGGAGGCUAGCCAGGGAAGCUAGCAAUGGAUUUGAAACGUCGGAUAACUUUUACAAAUCUCUAGCGAUAGCGGGUGUUUAAUCGGCACUUGUUAACUUUGGCUGAUGUUGAAGUAAAGGUCAUUCGUGUGUUUUCUACCACGACUGCUUGCGUUGACACAUCGUUACAAUCAAUAGCGACUUCAUUCAAGUAUAAGGCUACAUCGUCUCUGUAAUGGAUGACACACUGUUUAAAGUCCACUCGGUCUUUAUUAAAGAUGUUGUGGUCUAGUAUGAGAGAAACCAAUAACCAUGUAUUACGAGUAACUAACGAGCAUCGAUGUGUACGUUUUAACCAUAUUUGAGAGAACAGAAGCACUUGGUUAAUACUUCAACUCCAUUUGUGUUACAGGGACAGUACUGGUUCCCCAACCUGUCUUUAUAAUACCUGGGGGCAGUGAUGUCGGAACCGAAGCCCCCAACUCCCACUCCAGCCGGCGACACAUACAAAGGCUGGGUGUUCAAAUGGACCAAUUAUAUCAAAGGUUAUCAGCGGCGGUGGUUCGUUCUGAGCAAUGGACUGUUGUCAUAUUACAGGACCCAGGCCGAAAUGGGGCACACGUGCCGGGGCACCAUCAACCUGGCGACGGCCUCCAUCGCGGUGGACGACGCCUGCAACUUUGUCAUCUCCAACGGCGGCACGCAGACCUACCACCUGAAGGCCAGCUGCGAGGUGGAGCGCCAGCGGUGGAUCACAGCCCUGGAGCUGGCCAAAGCCAAGGCGGCCCGCAUGCAGGCUGAGUCAGACGACUCCGGCGACGACUUCUCCCUGUCCUGCCCCCCCGCGCCCCACGGGCAGAGCGCCGCCGCCGCGUCGCAGAACUCCGAGGUGCAGUCCACGCUGCGCACCCUGGCCAGCAAGGUGGAGGAUCUGAGCACGUGCAAUGACCUCAUCUCCAAGCACGGCUCCGCCCUCCAGAGAUCUUUGUCGGAGCUGGACAGCCUACGUCUCACUGGAGAGGCCGGCGACAAGAUUCGACAGGUCACUGAGAGAGCCACGCUGUUUCGCAUUACCUCCAACGCCAUGAUUAAUGCGUGCCGGGACUUCCUGGCGCUGUCGCAGGCCCACAGCAAGCGGUGGCAGAAGGCCCUCCAGGCGGAGCGCGACCAGCGGAUCCGCCUGGAGGAGACCCUGGAGCAGCUGGCCAAGCAGCACAACAACCUCGAGCGGGCCUUCCGCGGGAACUCGCAGUCCAACGCCACGCUGGACAGCAAGGGUUCGGCGGGGCCCGGGAAGGGCGAGGCGAGCGACGACGACGACGACAACGAGUUCUUCGACGCCAUGGAGGAGGCCCCGGAGUUCAUCACCGUUCCCGCCGACCCCCAGUUCCACAAACGCUCUAGCAGUAACGUCAGCGGCUUCAACAGUGAAAUGGGUUCAGACGACCAGUCGCUCAACGAGGAGCCCCUCUCGGCCAACCAGGACUCGCCGUCGCUGGACCUGGUUCCGGUGAAGAAGAGGCGCAGCCGCAUCCCGGAUAAACCCAACUACUCCCUGAACCUCUGGAGCAUCAUGAAGAACUGCAUCGGCAAGGAGCUGUCCAAGAUCCCCAUGCCGGUGAACUUCAACGAGCCCAUCUCCAUGCUGCAGCGGCUCUCCGAGGACCUGGAGUACCACGAGCUGCUGGACAAGGGCGCCAAGUGCGGCAGCGCCCUGGAGCAGCUGUGCUACGUGGCGGCCUUCUCCGUCUCCUCCUACUCCACCACGGUGCACCGCACGGGCAAGCCCUUCAACCCCCUGCUGGAGGAGACCUACGAGCUGGACCGCGGCCGGGAGAGUGGCUACCGCUCCCUCUGCGAGCAGGUGAGCCACCACCCGCCGGCGGCCGCGCACCACGUGAUCUCUAGCCGGGGCUGGACGCUGCGGCAGGAGAUCACCGUGGCCAGCAAGUUCAGGGGCAAAUACAUCUCCAUCAUGCCCCUAGGAACCAUCCACGCCAUCUUUGAGAAGGGCGACAAUCACUACACCUGGAAGAAGGUCACCACCACGGUUCACAACAUCAUCGUGGGCAAGCUGUGGAUCGACCAGUCGGGGGAGAUCGACGUGGUGAACCACACCACCGGCGACCGAUGCCACCUGAAGUUCGCCCCCUACAGCUACUUCUCCAGAGACGUGGCGAGGAAGGUGACCGGGCUGGUGACGGACAAGGACGGCAAGGCCCACUACGUGCUGUCGGGCACCUGGGACGAGAAGAUGGAGUUCUCCCGCGUCAUGCAGAGCAGCCGCGGCAGCAGCAGCGGCGCCGGGGAGAACGGCGCCGCCGAGGCCAGACAGAAGACCGUCUACCAGACGCUGAAGGCCCGCGAGAUCUGGCACAAGAACCCCCUGCCGGAGCGGGCGGAGACCAUGUACUUCUUCACGGAGCUGGCUCUGACGCUGAACGAGGCGGAGGAGGGCGUGGCCCCGACGGACAGCCGGCAGCGGCCCGACCAGCGGCUGAUGGAGGCGGGCCGCUGGGACGAGGCCAACGCCGAGAAGCAGCGGCUGGAGGAGAAGCAGCGCAGCGUGCGCCGCGAGCGGGAGCGCGAGGCCGCCAGCCUGCGCACCUCCAGCCAAUCGGAGGAGGGUACUGGUGAGAGACCCCGCCUUUUUAAUUUUUUUUCUUAAAGUGGCGGUCCCUAGCAGGGCUGCUCGGCUAUGGAAGAAAUUAUAAUCACGAUUAUUUUGGUGAAAAUUGAAAUCACGAUUGUUUUUGAGGUUGAAAACAUGCAGCGUUUAUUCAGCAUUUCUCUCCAAAACAACACUCU